UGGAGCUCCGUUAAUGGAGUCUGAGAUACUUUCACUUGUGUGUUCAUUAAACGAUCGAGGUUUUCUGAUGUUACUAUAACCUUAAAAAUGUUCACGUUAAAUCAUCAUGACCGGUCUGGAGGCGGGUCUUUUCGCUGACCGGUCGCGCACUGCUCUCUGGGUAACCGAGUCCACAUCUUCAGUAAUUCAAGCACCAUCACUUGUUAGCAAGAUGCCGGCCGUCCAUAAAUUACUGCUAGAAGAAGCUCUACAAGACAGUCCGCAGACUCGCUCACUGCUCAGUGUGUUUGAAGAGGAUGCAGGGACUCUCACAGACUACACCAACCAGCUCCUGCAGUCUAUGCAGAGAGUGUUUGGGGCACAGAAUGAGAUGGCUUUGGCCACAGAACAGCUCUCCAAACAGUUACUUGAGUAUGAGAAACAGAACUUUGCUCUGGGGAGGGGAGAUGAGGAGGUGAUCAGCACACUUCAGCACUUUGCCAGAACCGUGGAAGAGCUGAAUGCUCUGCAUGCUGACCUGGCCUCUCAGAUUGCUGACAGGAUGGUGUUUCCCAUGGUGCAGUUCAGAGAGAAGGACCUGACUGAGAUAAGCACACUGAAAGAGAUAUUUGGAAUUGCCACUGAUGAGCACGAGGCAGCCAUGGUUAAAUACAGUAGACUCCCCAAGAAGAGGGAGAAUGAAAAGCUGAAAGCAGAGGUGGUGCGGGAGGUGGCAUUUUGCCGGAGGAAGCAGCACCAGGCCUCUAUGCAGUAUUACUGUGCUCUCAAUGCCUUACAGUACAGGAAGAGAGUAGCCAUGCUGGAACCCUUGCUGGGAUACACACAAGCACAGAUAAACUUCUUUAAGAAAGGGAUGGAGCUGGUUUCCAAGAAAAUGGACAGUUUCUUGGCUUCUGUGAGCAGCAUGACUCAAAGCAUCCAGGCUCAGUUAGAUGCAGAGGCAGAGAGUAUGCGUUUGACUCAGAGAGAGCUGCUGUCAGUGGAGGACACAGUCUACAUGCCUGACCACGACCUGGAGCCGGUCAACCGCACGCUCAUACAGAAAGCAGGCUACCUCAACAUUAGAAAUAAGACUGGGCUGGUGACCACAGCCUGGGACCGGCUGUAUUUCUUCACGCAAGGAGGCAACCUGAUGUGCCAGCCACGUGGUGCUGUGGCAGGGGGCAUGGUGCUGGACCUGGACAACAGCUCUGUCAUGGCCGUGGAGUGCGAGGACAGACGUUACUGCUUUCAGAUCACAUCGCCUACUGGGAAAACGUCUAUGAUUCUUCAAGCAGAGAGCAAAAGGGAAUAUGAAGAGUGGAUUUGCACCAUCAACAACAUUUCUAGGCAGAUCUACCUGACGGACAACCCUGAGGCAGUGGCCAUCAGGCUGAAUCAGACAGCCAUCCAGGCGGUCACUCCCAUCACCAGCUUUGAAAAGAGAGCAGAGGGCUCCCCCAACCCUGACAGGGCUAAACCAGGUGGAGUAGCUCACAGCAGUGUUAAGAAGGCCCCUACUGUCCCAGAGCCUGAAGACCUGAUCGCCCCCGGAACGCCCAUCCAGUUUGAUAUAGUGCUGCCUGCAUCUGAGUUCCAGGACCAGAACAGAGCUGGAGGGAGACGCACAAACCCUUUUGGCGAGACAGAAGAGGAGAGCUCUUCAGGUGCUGAUGACUCUUUGCUACAGCAGGUGUUCGCUGUGCGGUUUCUGGGCUCUAUGGCCGUGCGCUCAGGCCACACACAGGAAGUGAUCUAUGAGGCAAUGAGGCAGGUGCUUGCGGCUCGAGCGAUACACAACAUCUUCAAAACCAGCGAGUCCCACCUGAUGGUCACCAGCAGCUGCCUCCGCUUGAUCGAUCCUCAGACACAGGUCACUAAAAUAAGUUUCCAGCUGAAGGAUGUUACUCAGUUUGCAGCACACCAGGAGAACAGCAGGCUGAUGGGCUUCGUGGUGGAGGGGAGAGACUGGAGUGAAGGAGCGGAGGAGGGACAGCCCUCCUUCAGCGCCUUCAUCUUUGAGAGCAACACUGAGGGAGAGAAGAUCUGCUACACAAUAAACUUAGGAAAGGAGAUUACAGAAGCAAAGAAGGACCCAGAGGCUCUAGCUCAGCUGAUGAAGUCUAUGCCUCUGACCAAUGAUGGGAAGUUCCUGUUGUUGGAGAGUGAGACGGGCGAGGCAGCUAAUGGAGGAGGACAAGAGGAUCUGGAGUCUGAGGCCUGAACACUCCCCACCUGCAGUUAGAUUUAUUAGCCCUCUCAAAGGAAGAGUGCUGAUCCAGGCUCAUCUUUUACCUCUCAUAUCUUAAUGAAGACUGUGGGAGGAGACCCUAGAUCAGCACUCUGCAGAGUCAGAUUCAAACUGACUCUCUGCUCUACUUUAAUCCAUAAGCCUGGAUUCAACACACCAAUUUUGCUCUUAAACAACAAUUAGCAGCGUUGAAUGAAAUUUCACACCUAACAAAGAGUUUAGAGAUUUGGGUAUACAGUGAAUUUACAUUAGUUUAUGCAGAACAGACCAAUUAAAUACUUCUGCUGAAGAACACAUGGAUCUCCUAUGGUAAUAUACAGAAAAAUCAGUAAGUUUAGAUGGGAAUCCUGCAAAUUAUUGUUGUUGGUAUUUACAGUGUGCCCUGAUUAUCAAAUUAAACUGGCAGCUGAUCAGCUGAGGUGCAUGUUAUUAACAUGCCACUGCAAGAAACUUAACCACAGAUUGACUUGUCUAGGCCUUAAAGCAGCUUUUACACUGUAGCUGCUCUUCUUCAUUAGAGCUGAUCGUACAGGACAGUGGGACAGUAAAUGGUCUUAAUGGCUGCUGUCCAGUCUUCAAUAAGAACUGAGAUUACAAGGGCGAAGAAAGGAGGGGGGCUUCUUAAGAGCACUGAGGUCUGACCUUUCACAAGACCUCUUCACUCAGUAUCUCAUCUUAUGUCUGUACUGAGGAGCAUGAUUUAAAAGGAUGCCGUUUCUAGUUUAUCAUCUUAGUUUGGUUCAGUGUUUUUGGCUGCUGAGUCAUUGAGACUGUUUCUUUCUGUAAAGAGGUACAGGAGUCCUCUUAUAUACAUUUAAUA